UGCCACCAUUUCUCUCUCACCGUCUGCCUCCUUCCUCGCGUGCGUGCGGUCCCCGGUCCCUGUACGUCCUGCCCUAGCCACCUCCACCACUCCAGCACAGGUCGCGCCGGCGGCGGCGGUGGCGUUGCACUAUCCUGGUGCCACGAGCAAUGGUGAGGAGCCGCUCUCCCAAGGGCGGAGAUGACGGCAGGCGACGAAGCACUCCUAGGAGAAGUUCUGAUGAGCAAGGAGGAAGGAAGGAAAAAGGUCCUAUAAGCCUCUUGGUGCGUAACAUCCCUCAUAACUGCAGAUAUGAAGAUCUUCGAGUUCCUUUUGCAAAGUUUGGUCCUGUUCGCGAUAUUUACAUGCCAAAAGAUUACUACAGUGGGGAGCCAAAAGGGUUUGCUUUUAUUGAGUUUUUUGACUCCCAUGAUGCUUCGGAGGCGCAAUAUCACAUGAACCGUAAGCUGUUUUGUGGACGUGAAAUUAAAGUUGAGCCUGCCACGGAUAAACGGAAAAGGCCUGAAGACAUGCGUAGACGAACUGGAGUAAGAGUUCAUUCUGGUUCUAAAGGGCGCGAUCUUUCUAGCCAUGGACGGUCUCGUUCUCGUUCACACUCCCGUUCUCCUCGCCAAGGUGGUCGUGAUAGAUCACGGUCACAUUCUCCUGCACCAAGAAGGCGUGGUGACUACUCUGCUUCACCAAAGAGAAAGGAAGAGUGCCAGGCAAAAUUGUCAGGACAAUCAAAAGAACAUGACAACGAUAAGAAGCUGGGAUCCUGUACUCCUGGUGGUAGAAGUGAACGUCAUGACACUGAUAAUUAUUCCAAUGAGAGGCGGGCAACACCUGACUAUUCUGCUGCACCAAAGAGAAAAGAAGCGUGCCAGACAAAAUCACCAAGGCAGGCAAAUGAACAUGAUGAGGAUAAGAACCGUAUAUCUUUUAGUCCUGAUAGAAACAACUGCCGUGAUGCUGACAAUGGCCACAAUGAGCGAGAUGACUACUUUACUUCAUCAAAGAGAAAGGGAGAACGCCUGUCAAAAUCACUAAGAUUGUCCAAAGAACAUGAUAAGGAUAAGAAGCGGAGAUCCUAUAGUCCUGAUGAUCGAAGUGACUGCCGUGAUGCUGAUAAUAGUUUCAAAGAGAGGCGGGCAACAACUGAUGGUGGUAAGAGAUCCUGUCCCCGCCAGAGGUCACCCAGACCAUCCUCUGGAUCACACUCAAGAAGGCGAGAUGCCUACUCUGCUUCCCCAAAGGGAAAAGAAGAGCAUCGGGAACAAUCACCAAGACAGUCAAAAGAACAUGAUAAACAUAGGAAGCGGAGAUCCAAUACUCCUGAUGAUAGAAAUGACUGCCAUGGUGCUGAUCAUAGUCACAACGAAAUGCAAGGUGACUGCUCUACUUCACCAAGGAUUAAGGAAGAGCGCCAGGCAAAAUCAUCAAGAGAGUCAGAAGAAUAUAACAAGGAUACAAAGGGUGCCCCUCAUGAUAGAAAUGACCGCCAUGAUGCAGUUAAUGGUUCCAGAGAUAGCAAUUUGCAUGUCGACAGGAAGCCGGUAACACCUGACGAUGAGGGAUCCCAUGCCUGCUGGAGGUCACCCAGACCAUCUUCUGGAUCAUGCUCAAGAAAGCGAGAUGACUGUUCUGCUUCCCCAAAUAAAAAGGAAGAGCGCCGGGCAAAAUCACCAAAACAAUCCAUUGAAUACAAGGAUGAAAAGAGGAGGUCAUGUACUGCUGAUGAUAUGAAUGGCCGACAUAAUGCUGUUAAUGGUUACAAGAAGUAAGUUGUAUU